ACGAAAAAUAAUGCAAGAAUCAAUAAGUGACCCGUUAUUUCAUGCACACCGAUCAAGUGCCACGAACUACAUCCUUAGAAGCCUUGCGGUCGGAUGUAAGAAACUAUCCUGUCUGUAGGACAUCUCCUUUUACAGAGCACAGAAGAAAAGCUGCAGACAAUAUCAACCGAACAAAAAGACUCUUUUUGUGCGACGAGAUCAAGAAUUGCACAAAUUCCACUGUCGUGGCCGAACGGUGAUCUGUCUCUGUGCAGACAUCCGUCACUUAUUUAGUCCACAUUAGCUUUGUUGCUAGCUUGAAUGAUUGGUAUUUCACAAGCAGUUCCCUGAAUUAAAGCUUAAAAUGACGGAAGGAAAUCAAGACGACGCUACUCAACAGCUGAACGAAGACAAAGAAGCGGACGAAAAACCGGUUCAAAACAUUUCCGAACAAGGGACAGGAGAUAGCGUCUUGCAGCUUGCUUCAGGGGUGCCAGGAGAUGGUGAUCAUCCAGUGCAGGAGCAAUCAAAGCAGGAAGAUGAAACUGAAAAAUUGGAUCAGAGUAAACCAGAAGAUAGUUCUCCUCAAGAGCCCACUGCAAGUGAAAGUGUCCCAGAAUCACAAGCAAGUGGGGAGCCUGUGCAAGUUGCAGAUAGUGAAACUCCAGUUAACAGUGAUGAACAUGUACAGAAAAAAUCUGGGGAUGAGAAACCAGCAGAAAGUGAAGGAUAUACCGAUAAUGCAGAAAAAGGAACAGAAGAAAAUGGAAAGCCAGAAGAUACCAGCGAUGGUGAGGAGCAGCCAGAAAUACAGCAAGCCGAACAAACAGAAGAGGGAGGAGAGAGAGUACCACAGGGUACAAAUGGGAGUAUGGAUCAGGUGGCUAGUGAGGAACAACAGGGUAAAGAAAAACCAGAAGGACAGUCUGAAGAAGCUCAGAAGGAAGGAGAUGAACAGCAACAACAUGAGAUACCAAGUGCCAGUCAGGUGGAGCAACAAGAAAUCUUGGCUCCAAGCCAAGAAAAAGGAGAUAAGCCAGCUCAAGAUGAAGGAGAAGCUGAAAAACCAGCUUUGGAAUCUGAAAGUCAAGAAGCAACUGAAAAGCAAGAGAGUGAAGAGGCUGCAGGAGAACAGGCAAAGGCAGAGGCCAAUCAAACGGAUGGAGACACAACUAAAGAAAGCUCACCUAAUGAAAACAGCCCUGAAUCUGAAGAUCAGUUAACACCAGAUGAGAGUCAGGCUGAAGCUGCGAAGGACAGUGAAGCUGCAGAAGAAGGUCAGAAAGUUGAUGAUAGUGUGGAAAAACCAGACACAAAACCUGAUGAAAGUGAAAAUGCCCAAGAGCAUGAGACUGUAGAGGCUGCAUCUGCAGAGAGUGAACCUGUUACAGAAAGACUGGAAGAAAGUGCAGGAGAAGUUGACAAACCAGUGGAGAGCCAGCAACAGGUUCAGUCUGAAGCUUCAUCUGUAUCAAAGCCUGCAGUUGUAGCAGCAGGACAGGUUGCGUCUUUACCUGCUGAUGAACCGUCACCCAAGAAACCCGAUGAGGUUCAAGAAGAAAACAAGAAAUUGAAACAGGAUAUUUUCAUUAUGAAACAGCAGGAGGAUGCAUACAGAAUCAAGGUUCUCAGUUUGGAGCAGGAAGUAGGAAAGUUACGAGCAAGGAAAAUUGAUAACAGAAGUCAAGAUUCACUAGCAUCAGAUUCAGACAGUUACCUAAAACAAAAGUUGGGAGAAACCGAGAGGGAACUGGAUGCUGCAGAAAGGAAAGUAAAGGACUUGCAGCUAAGACUGAAACGCUUUGCUAAAGAUGAUCAAAUUAAGGAUGAAAAGAUCUUCCAAAUGGAGAGAGAAGUCAAAGAACUAUCUGACCAUAUCAAAAAGUUAGAGCAGUCUCUCGCAGAGUCCAAGAGAGAAAACAACAAUAACACGACAGUACAGGCAAGCGCAGAUAAACAAGACUCCAAAGUUUGUGUGAUUCUCUGACUUUUUGCAGUUCAUAUAUUUAUUUCUAUUUAUUUUUUAGAUAUUUGAAUUUUUAUACGGUUGACUUGGCUGAGGUUUAGGAGAUAUUUGCACAAUCAAGCAAUCUUUUAUUUCUUGUCUACAUUGUAUUUUAAUAUAUUUUUGAAUAUUAAUUAAUAUAUUGACAGGACUUGUAUUUAACUUCUAUGCAGUGCUACUUCGUGCUGAAAGUUAAAACUCUCUGAAUAACUUCUAGACAUCAUAAUUAUUUUUGUAUCAUAGGUUAUGUCGUUGCUUAGUUGAGAAUGGUGUAUAGAGAACACUUUUAUUUAAUGUUUUUGUACGUCAUAUCUGAUUGACAGUCAUAUUUUUUGUAAAAUGAAAUCAGUUUUCUCAAAUUUGAUAAAAAAAAAAUGGCUGAAGUGGAUUUAAGGAAUGAAAUUUUGCAGGAGUGUAUUUUUGAUAGAAUUUGAAAUCAUGUUUCAGCGGCUUGCACAUAACACACAGCAAUGUCCAUUUGACAAAAUAACUUGAAUGAAAUUUUUUCAUGUCCAUCUUCAAAGAUAAUCAAGUUUCUCUUCUAAACUAAAUAACCACAGUAUAUUUUUAUACAAAAUUAUGGUUCAAAGCAAAAGUUCUUGUAUUUGUUAUCUUCUUUAUGGGCAGAGCUAUAGCUGAAGGUUAAACAGUCCUUAACUUAGCCUGACUUUUUAAAAUCAUGAAUAAGGGUAAUUCCUAAAAAAAAUCAGUCUACAUUUUCAUGCACAGCUGGUAAGUCAUUCUCUGUCAUUAUAACUGAUAUGUUGAGAGCUAGCACACAGUUAGCUACCAUAACCUGAAAAAAUGGAACAUUGGUAACAUUUCUAGGUCCAGAUCUACCUAGCAGUACAAGAAACAUGUACCACUGUGGUGUGUGAAAGUAAAUUGUUUAUUUCCACAAAUGA